GGACGGGGCCCGGGGAUAAUGCGGUAGAUCAACAAUUUAGCGCAGUUUAUAUCCGUAGUCAGACCUUGCGAUUCUUAUAUCGCAUCUACCGAUUUAUAAACCAUAUAUUGGCGCGAUUUUAUUCGAUUUUUUACCCAAUUUGUGUAAUAUUUCGGUAUCAUGUAAUCUACCUAUAGUACAGUUCUUUUGUCGCGAUUCAUCCUAUAUUGUUUUUAGUUAAACAUAUCCUUAUUAUAUUGUUUCGUCAUCGUCGCAUAAUUUCCUCAAGUACUCGUUAUCACGCGAUCUCAAAAACACCGAUGCCGAAUAAGAUAGCAGUUUUUGCACUAACUUUAAAUCGAGAUGGUAUUUCACUUCCAUGGGGAUUCCGUUUAUCAGGCGGAUGCGAUUUAGACUGCCCUUUAGUCGUUACCAAGGUAAUCGUUGGUAGUCCCAGCGAUGGUGUUUUGCAAAAAGGCGACGUUAUUAGAAAAAUCGCCAACUACGAUGCUCGUGAUCUUAGACAUUCGGAUGCGUUAAAUUUAUUCAAAAACGCAGGCGGUAGCGUACCAGUCGUGAUCGAAAGAGAAGUUCCUUAUAGUCCAAUUGAAAAUCACCAAUCUCGUAAUGCUCUUCCAUUCAUACCUCAGCCACCAAUUCCAGGAGCUGUUGCUACUCCAUUUACAGUCGCAGGUUUACCGCAUUACGAAGGCACUCAGCAACAUCCCAGGAAUAACUUAUGCAGGUUUCCGCCAUCGUUAAUCGAGCCUCAGAGAUCUGAUAGUAGACUGAUGAAUUCAUCGCCGCAUAGACUGGAAGUUGAACAAGAACAAGAACUUGUUAAUGAACAGCCUUACAGAACAAAUCCAUUGGUGCUUCCUGGCGCAAAAGCCACCAAGGAUCCAGCACCUACGAUGUCGUAUUUACGUCACCAUCCGAACCCAAUGAUGCGAUCUUCGCCAUCUCAUUACGAAUGGAUCCCAAUUGAUAUUGCUAAAAAGCAACAGCUGGCAGACACCAUUCUGGAGAAAAACAUCGGAAACGACAAGCCCAACAGAAAGAUCGUCACAAAACCAUACAAUACCCCGAUUGGAUUAUAUUCCGAACAAAAUAUCGCCAAUACACUCAACGCACAAACCGGAGGAUUCACACCGAAUAGAAGGGUAGUUGUUUAUAAUCCGCCAAAAAAUACUAGAUUACGAAAGACUGUUGUAUACGAUCCAUCGAAAUCCGAAACUUUUAAGGCUCUUCAAGAGGCUGAAAUAGGCAAUCACGUUCAAGAAGUCUAUACAUCACCAACUCCGCGAGUCUUUUCUCCAACUAAGACUCCUAAUAAGUUGGCUCCUCCAACAAGUUAUAAUUAUAAUCCGAAUAGAGCUUCUCCUCAACCUCAUCCGACGGCUCCUCAUUCAAAGAUCGAAUACGGAGUCACACCGGAAGAAAUUCACCAAAGUCACAGCUUUAAACGUUUAAUGAACAUGGUUAUGACCGACUAUUAAACUCAGUUCGUGAAAUUUUGCCCAUAAAUGAGAAAUUACUCUCGAAAUUAAUUUCAACAAAACUGCAAAAUUCAACUCGAACGUUGCGUUUUUUGUAUAAUUUGUACACAGAUACCUACGAUACCGAAUAUUUGUACUUUGUUAUAAAUAUGUAACUUAUUUUUAAUAAAUUAUUCAAACGAAAAGGAAAACGCUACCAUUAUUAUUUAUUUACCUAUUGUUUAAUUAGGCUAUAAUAAUUUUUAAGUGAAAUCGAUCAUCUAUUACCAUAUAGUAAAUUAUUUCAAUGUGCUUAUAUUUUAUUUGAAAGGGGAACCCACCCCUUGGAGUGAAAUUUAUCGAGUAAUUUUACCCAGCUGAGUAAUUUUUAUACUGCAUAAUACAUAUUAUGGUACAUUUGCGAUGAUCAUAGAAUUUCCCCUUCUACCCCCAUACUAUGUUCCAUGAUUACAUUUCGUUAACAUAUGUUUCGGUUGAGUGUAACUUCUAGUCAUGUUUAUUUUUGAUUUUAGUCGGAGCAGCGAGUACUAUUUUGUAAUAACUUAUUAAAUUUAACGAAUUAUAUUCGUAAGAUGUUUUUAAUUACCUACUUGUUAAUUAAUCGCGAAACCAAGAAGAGUACGUAUUACCUAUCUAUGUAGAAAUUUAAAAAACGCAAAUUUCAAAUACGCCUAUGGAAUUAAGUAAUAUUGUAUUUUCUAGAUUUCGUAUAAUAUUUUACUUAUGGUAACCAAUGAUUGGAAGAUUUCCUAUUACCAAAUUGUACGUGUAUGAUUUGUAAAUAUAUACGUCGAGAAAUUUUUAAUAACCAUUUGUGAUGUAAAAUAUUUAUCUACAUAUUGUUGAAAAUAUAAAAAAUUUUACAUUGUUAUAAAAA